GCGGCGCUAGGGCCGCGGGGCGCAGCCUGCCCAGCGCUGGCGGCUGGCUCGCUCGGGUCCCCGCCGGCCGUGGACGCGGGGCGCGGGCGUGUCGGGGCGGCGCGCACAGACGCACGCGGGCAGCCUUGGUCCGGAGCACCAGCCUCACUGAGAGGAACCUGAAAGAAGCCAAGGUCCGGAGCCAGCAGAUCGCGGCGCAGCUGACCACCCCGCCCAGCGGCGGCUCCCGCGGCGUCCAGCUCUUCAACAGGCGCCGGCAGAGGGUCAACGAGUUCACCUCGGAGAGCCACGGCCAGAGUGGACAGAAGGCCAGCCAGGGCCCCCUCAGGGUCUCCACUGCCAGCGCCGCAGGCCAUGUCCCGGGGCUCAGCCUGAGUCCCGGGCCACUCCCCCCUGCCCCGCCCCCCAGCGACUCUGACGGAGGGACCCCCAGCCACAGCAUGGAGGGCUGCUCAGAGGAGACGGGCCUGCUGCGGCAGCUGGACAAGGUGGCCAGCGAGGAGGAGGAGGUUCCUCUGGUGGUUUAUCUAAAGGAGAACGCCGCCCUGCUGACGGCCAACGGGCUGCACCUCUCCCAGAACCGAGAAGCCCAGCAGGCUCCGUCAACCCCACCGCUGACCGAGGUCCCCAGCCCGGUGGCGGACGUCAACCAAAACCUCUCCUCGCCUGGCACGGCUCUCGUCACCCCAGCCGCUAACAGCAACCACGUCCUGCCGGCCGCAGACGUCAACCAGAACCCGCCGGCCCCGCUGGCCCCGCAGAGCCCCGCCCUCCCCAGCGUCCAGCAGAAUUCUCUGGAGGCCCCGCCCAAGGGCACUGUGCCCGAUGCCCAGCCUGGCAACCUGGGUGCCAGAGGGCAGCCCCAGGAGGCGGCCAUGGAGGUGAGGCCCAGCGUCCUCCUCAUGGAGAACGUCUUCACUCCGCCCACCACCACCAGCACCUUCUGCAGGGAGGCGCCCCCCAUCUCCAGCUUCGGGCCCCCCGCCACAGACUUCAUGUCCAGCUCUCUCCUCAUCGACAUACAGCCUAGGGCCUCCCGGGCGGAGCAGGAGAUGCCCGGGCAGGCCGCGGCCACCACCCCCACCAAGAUGUACAGUGAGGUCCACCUCAUGCUGGCCAAGCCCCCAUCAGUGGUCAACAGGACGGCCAGGCCCUUUGGGGUCCAGGCCCCAGGGACCCCCGGCCAGGUGGAGCGGAGCCCCAUGCUGGAGAGACGGUACUUCGGAGAGAAGGCUGAGACUCCCCAGCCGUACACCAUGGCCGACAGGAGCCCCCGGCCACAGCGACACGUGAUGGCCCCCAGCCCCAUGCUGGGGAGGAGGCCGGUGGGGCAGCGAAGCCCGGCCCUGGAGAGACGCCCCUUGGGAAACUUCACCCCGCCCCCCACCUACGCGGAGACCUUGUCCACAGCGCCCCUGGCUUCCCAAGUGAGGUCUCCGCCCUCCUACGCGGCCCUGUACCCCAGCUCCGACCCCAAGCUUUCUCAUCCGAAAGGCCAGGCCGUCCCUGCCAGUAAGACGGGCAUCCUGGAGGAGUCGAUGGCCCGCCGGGGCAGCCGGAAGUCCAUGUUCACCUUUGUGGAGAAGCCCAAGGUGACCCCGAACCCCGAUCUGCUGGACCUGGUCCAGACGGCCGAUGAGAAGCGGCGGCAGAGGGACCAGGGGGACGUGGCCGCGGAGGAGGAGCCCUUCGCCCUGGGGGCCGAAGCCUCCAACUUCCAGGCCGAGCCGUCCGCCCGGGACAGGGCCAGCCCUGCGGCCGCAGAGGACACAGUCCCGGAGUGGGCCUCGUGCCUCAAGUCUCCGCGCAUCCAGGCCAAGCCCAAGCCCAAACCUAACCAGAACCUCUCGGAGGCGUCCGGGAAGGGGGCCGAGCUCUACGCCCGCCGCCAGUCCCGGAUGGAGAAGUAUGUCAUUGAGUCCUCCGGCCACCCGGAGCUGGCCCGCUGCCCGUCGCCCACCAUGUCCCUGCCUUCCUCCUGGAAAUACUCCACCAGUGGCCCCGGGGGCUUCCGAGUGGCCUCCCUCAGCCCGGCCCGGACGCCGCCCGCCUCCCUCUACCACGGCUACCUGCCCGAGAACGGGGUCCUGCGCCCCGAGCCCACCAGGCAGUCCCCCCACCAGCUGCGGUCCUCGCUCUUUGUGCUCUCCCCGCUCAAGGAGCCGGUCAGGGCCCCCUCGAGAUCUGCCUCGCCCAGGGCCACCUCUUCCAGAGCCGCCUCCCCGGCCAAGCCGAGCUCCCUGGACCUGGUGCCCAGCCUGCCCAAGGCGGCCUACCCGACAUCGCCAGCCCUGCCUCGGGCCUCCCGCUCCUCUCCUGGGCUCUACGCCCCAUCGGGCCAGGACGGCCUGCAGCCCACCUCUGGGAGCCCCACCUACAGCACCGACGUCUCCCCUGUGUCGCCUUCCCGGGCGUGGUCUCCCCGAGCCAAGCAGGCUCCCCGGCCCUCCUUCUCCACCCGCAACGCUGGGAUCGAGGCUCAGGUGUGGAAGCCAUCCUUCUGCUUCAAGUAACGAACGGCGUGGAGGCCCACUGCCGCUAGAGACGGCAGCAGGGGGCACAGGGCUGAGAGGCAGGAGUUUGGGGGUGCAGGGUCUGGGGCCACCAGCAGCAGCCGGCCAGGGAGUCCACGUGCCCUCCCUGAGCUGCGGCCACCCCUCCCGUCUACAGGGAGUCUUGGACUCUGCAACGGAAGGUGGGGGGCCGGGGGGAGCACUGGCUGAAGAGUCCCUUGGCAGGGCCUGAUGGGAUGGAGAAGCUGCCUCUGGCUUUCACGAGCUGCAGAGAUGGCAGCGUCUCGCUGGGGAAGCCAUGGAGGGGCCCUCCCCGGGGUCGCUAAGGCCGAGAGAGCCUGCCAGUGACCCAGCCCCUGCUGCCCCAGCGGGCUUCCCAGCCCCGCCUGGCGUCUUUCUGCCUGUCGCUGAAUUCUCGCCUCCAACCGUCUGUUCUUUCUGCCUCUGCCUCUGCCUCUGGACACCGUUUUCUCUCCCUGCUUCACACGGCUUUGCCCUGGCCUCCACGUGUUCUCCUCUGCUUGGUUCUGCAAGAGAAUCGAGUCACGGCUGCUGUCUGACGGGGCACUUCCUGCCCCCGCCCUUCCCCCGCCCCCCCACCUCCGUGUUCAGGCUCUGUUGGGCUCCGUAUGCCCACCUGGCUGGCCUUCACCAUUCUGGAGUGGGGGAGGUCCCAGGAGGCAGGUUCCCCCAGAGAAAGUGAGCGCGGUAGAAGAAUGUGUUGGGUGUCCGGGAACAGCAGGCGAGGCCCCUUGCCGGGUACCGAUUGGCCUUUUGGCUGCAGAUCGGGCCAGACUGCCGUGCUAAGGCCGUCGUCUUUGAGCUGGCAAAGGGGGCUCAGGCCCCUCCUCAUUCCCCGGCCCUCUGGCCGUGGCCGUGUUCCUUUCCCUUUGGGAAGGCCGUGGGUCUUCUCAUUUCCAUGAGGGGCCUUUCCAGAUGUUUCUGUCGGAGACCUGGAAUUUGAGAGGCCGGGCUGGUGCACGACCUUGUAAAUGACAAGACCGUCCCCCUGGUGGAGAGCAGGAAGGAAUUCAGUGGUGCCCUAGGACAGAUGGAGGUUCAGUAACAGGUUUGUUUCCGGGAUGGGUGAGAGGUGGCGGGAGGCCAAGGGAUGUGAAACCUAGGGUCAGGGUUGCCUGGAGACAGGGAGUGUGGUGAGCACUGAGGCAGGAGUCAGCAGCUCGGGGAGAGAGGACAGAGGAGGAGAACCUUCAGGCCUUCAGGAAAAGUCUGGGGCUCCGAGAUCCGACUUGGAACACACUGAGGCCACGUGUAUCUCUGGACCUCACUUCCCUGGGGCAGACAGUGCGGCAGAUCGCCCCAGAUGGCCCUCCUGGUCACUUCUGACACCUUUCGUAUGAUACAACGCCCUCUGCCACUAAUGGGUGGGGAACUGACAGAAUUACAGACGCGCGAGGCAGGAUUCAGAUGGAAGCUUUCCAAGACUGGGGGCCGAGCACCACCCACUUCCUCUUUCCUAGCCCUAUUUCUGGGCUCCCCAGUGGGGCGAAGGGUGGUGGAGGCGGUGCCCAUGCUGGGCUGAGCCUGCAGUUUUCGUGAGCUCGGGGGUUCGUCUCCAUGGAAACAGGGGUGCUUUCCCAGUGAGCUCAUUCUGCCCAGAACUCCGAGGGCAUGUGUGGGGGAGUCUUGAGUAAGUGCAGCUCCUUCAUGCCAGCCCCUCCCAGGACAGUGCAGCCUCAGCCAGCAGCCGCUUCUCCCCCACCCCCACCCCCACCCCCGCCCCCCCAGGGCCAGCCAGGGAGGAGCCCUGCCCCCCUCUCCUGCAGCUCCUGAGCCUGGAUGCCCCCAAUUCUGUUUUCUCCUGUUCUCAAUACACUCUGCCUCAAACCUG